UUAUAUUUCAUAUGAUUGAACACGCUGUCGUGUCAGUCAGAAACUACAGGACCAGCAGGUUAUUGGUUUGCGAUUAUAAUUCAGAUUCAGAUUCAGAUUGUGACAGCAGCAUUGGCAGGCUGAUUAAAAACAAUCUCACUGUUUUUGCAGUUAAGAGAACUCAAAUAGUUAAUUUUGUGCAGAGAAAACGCUUCUUAAAAGCUAGAAGAGUGCUCCUUUAAAGCUGUAUUUAUUGUGCUCUUUUAAUGCUGAUGGCCUUUCUUUACUAGAUUUUAAAAUAUGAUUUUUACUCAUUUGACAGAAUGUUUGAUUUGAAGUGAAUUUGAACUUUUCCGAAUAAAUUCGUAUUUCCAAAUAACUGACAUUAUUAGUAUUAUUAUUAGCAGUAGCUGAAGUAUUGUUGUCGUUCAAAUGAACCAGCAGCAAAUCUUAAAAAAUUCAGAAAUAUAAAAGUUAUGUAAACCUACAAAUGAUGACUGUUCAGCAGUUAGUUUUAUGGUUAUUGUAAGCAGACUCGUGGAUUUACAAGUCGUUAACACAAUUUAUAUGACCAACCCUUAUUGCGAUUUUUUAUUAUUAUUUAAAUGUUGACACUUAUUUCGCCAAUGUCACAUUUAGCAACAUAUUAAUUGUAUAUAAAACAAUAACGUCUAAAUAUAUAUAUUAAGAAUUGCUGUGCAUCAUUAUUUUUAUGCACAGAUUAAAUAAAUCUAUUCAGAAGAUCCUUAGUCUGUGCAUAAAAAUAACGAUUCACAGCCAUUCUUAAUAUAUAUUCAGACAUUAUUGUUUUAUCUACUAUUAAUCUGUGCAUGAAAAUAAUGAUUCACAAUGUAAAAUAAUGAUUUUGAAAGUUUUUAAACCUGCCAUGGCGAUGGAGUUGCUGUGCGUUUUAAUGUAUGCCUCCCUUAAUGGUGAGAAUGGCGCAGUUUUUUGGGAAGGGAGACAGGCUCUGCGGAACAAAGACAGUAUUUCACAGUCAGCUGACAGGCAGAGGUAUUUACAACCUCACUGCAAUGCGGCAAAAAAGGCGAGAGGAGCCUAAACGAGUUAACCGAACCAGAGCAAUGAGCUAACGUUUAUACAAAUUAAAUUCACUUACUUUAGAACAAUAUAUCUAGCCUAUAUAUUGCAAAACAAACUCAAACAGAUUAUUGUAGGCCUAAUAAAAAACUGGUGAUUUAUAAAGAAUUCUUACAGAAUAUUUUAAUAGUUUAAAAGAUUUUCCCCCAUGAUUUUAUAAUCACGCAAUCUCUGCAUUGUACUCAAAUCGCUUACACCAGGAUAUUCUCGUUAAUUUAGCUUUUAAAACCACAACAUUUAGAAUGCUGCCAUUUUAAAACUUAGGUCACAUUACAUUAAAUAGGCCUAUUGUCUUAAAUAGUAAAUAAUAAAUAUGCUCUGUAAAAUAUGGCAGUAAUGUAAGUUGUAUUAUUUAUUGAUGUAUUAUAUGAACAGUGAUGUGUUAUACGAAGUAUAGCCUAUGUCUAAAAUAAUAAUAAUAAUAAAACGUCUUUCAGUGCUUUAUUUCUGCAUUAGCAGCUGUGCGAAAGAAAAAAAAAAAAAAAAAAAAAAAAAAAGACAGAACACCUAGGCAAUAUUUGCUUUGGUCGGCAGGCGGUGCUGUUGUCUAACACUCUGAGACUUGCUUGUCCGUUAUCUGCAUCUUUGUCCUUGAGGUCAUUUCCUGCGACUGUGAUUGGUUGUCGCAGUCUUGUGACACUACAGUCACACAGUUCUCUUAUUAACUGACAGAAAUUUUCAUUUUUUUUAGAACGAAGUAAACAUAAUACUUUCAGGAACAGUGUGAGAAUAGUGGGAAUUAUUUAAGAUGUUUUAAAUAAUUAUUGAUUAUAAUUCAUUUUCACGUGCACUCUUUUCAGUGUUGACAUAAAGUUGUUUUACGUUUUAAGGUCAUAUUACGAUAAAAAAUAUAUACAUUUGUCCAAGAUAAUAGAUUGUAAUGUGAGUUUGAAGUCAUGUUGGCUACACAUUUCAUGCACUUUAAUAACCUGUGAAAUAUAAUUAUAAAUGUAUGCAUUUAUGUGAAUACCGAAUUAAAUGCUUAAGAGGUGAGAACAUUUCUCUUACCAGUAAAUGCUAUAAUAUUCAUGUCCAUUUGUGACUUUAGCAUAAAUCGACAACCCGCCAUAUGGCGCUAAUAUGUUUUUUUUUUUCCUCUCAACGUAAUUUUACCUUGAAUUUACAGUCGAAAAAACACUCCCAUUAGUUCACACGUCAGAAAUUUCACAAACACCUCAUUUGUCCUAGAGGGAAAAAACCCCCUGCAAACUGAAGCAACACAUUGGUUAAGAAAUAUUGCACGAAAUAAUUAUAUUAUUCUAUAAAUAGGCUACCACAAGAAAUGUAUAGUAGCAAACAUUAAUCUAGGAUACAAGAAAUAAACUCUGGUUUUCGACAGUGUGUUUUUCCCUCUGAGUGCAUUGAAUGCGAAUUGAACCCCGUGUCUUUAUUUCCUCCUGAGAUCAGAGUAAUCGCCAUUAUUGAAUAAGUGCAACUUUCAGGAUUAUUUAUGGCACCCGCGCGCUGUCAUGAAUGGCUGUGGGGAAGCACGUGAUACCAUUAAACUUUGUUUUAUGGCCAGGGAGUUGACAAGCCAAAAUAUAAUUCACAUUGUAUAUUAGAAAGGUCGCUCAGACGGUUUAGAAAAGAUCCCAGUGUCGCUGCAGAGGAGAGCGGCUCCACGCGUGUUUUGAUCAUGGAUAUUCAAACUCGUCGAUACGCUUUACGCGACGCGUCUUCUUCAGGAGAACUGCCCAGCGGUUCUUCUCUUUUAUGUGGUGUUUGAUUAUUGAUUGGCACGGCGCAUUGAUGGCGAACCAGGGCGCCCUAUACAGCGAGCUGAAAGGAUGAGAAGCGCUGGAAUGAUGAGACUCCAGUAACUUCUGAGUGACCUCUACAUGACAAAGACGGUCUCCAUCAAUUGUCUGCUGGCUUUAUGUGCCUCUUUUUGUGCCUUGGACCGUUUUUUUAAUCUUUUGUCUUGUUUUGUUUUUUACCACUCAAAAUCCCUGGGUUGAGUUUGAUUUAGGUUAGUUGAAUAUUAAAUUACCAAAUGGGCUUCAUGCACAUAAAUGUGAUGCAAAUCCAUGUUUUUAUGUGAUAUGAUCAAAUAGGGAUCCUCCCAUGUGGUAAUGUGCGUGACCACAUGGUCUGAAUACACAAACAGAUUUUUUUUCUCUUCUUCAUACACAUGCAGACCGGGUAUUUAAUCAAUUAAAAUUUAUAUUAUAUUUGUUACCAUCCUAAUUGAGAGAUAAAGUGGAGUUUGUGAAAUUCACUACUAGGUGUGCACAGCUUCUUCUCAGUUGAUGAAGUCCCUCCACCUCGAUUGGCCAAGCUGGUCACAUGGUAGCCUAACUUUAUUCAGUUGACAGCAAGUAGGAGGGCUUUAUGGAGGGAGGAAAAAAAGACAACUCGAGAAAAAUUAGUAUUUCCUACCUUCAGAAAUUAAUGGCCAUGAGUUCGUACAUGGUGAACUCCAAGUAUGUGGAUCCAAAAUUUCCUCCUUGUGAGGAAUAUUCUCAGAACAGCUAUAUACCUGAAGAGAGCCCUGGCUACUACAGUCCGUCGCAGGACACUGAUUUCCAGCAUCCCGGAAUCUAUUCACGGUCAAACUACUCUGAACAGCCCUUCAGUUGUAACACUGUCCAGGGCUCAUCGGUGCAGCCGCGGGGUCAUGUGCAGGAGCAGACCAGCCCUUUCCCCGCACAGACAGAGCAGUGUCCUGCGGUCCAAAUAUCCGGACCGAGGACUUGUGGGCAACAGCAAAACACAAAGAGCCAGAACGGGAUACCAGCCAAGCAGCCUGCUGUAGUUUAUCCAUGGAUGAAGAAAGUGCACGUUACCACGGUCAACCCGGACUACACAGGACCUGAACCCAAACGUUCUCGGACAGCCUACACAAGACAGCAAGUUCUCGAACUAGAAAAGGAGUUUCAUUUUAACAGGUAUCUAACAAGACGGCGUCGCAUUGAGAUCGCGCACACCCUCUGUCUCUCUGAGCGACAGAUUAAAAUCUGGUUUCAGAACAGAAGAAUGAAAUGGAAAAAGGACCACAAACUCCCCAACACGAAAGGAAGAUCGGCGUCAGUCGGAAAUCAGCAUGCACAACACGCUCAGAAGGACAGCCAUACAGAGAUCACAACUUUAUAAGUGGAUAUCUCUCUCCCUCCCUCCAGAUGUACAGAUGAACUGUAUGUAAUAGACAAUGCUUUAUUUGACAUUGCAUGGUAGCAAAUGUUGGGUACAAGUGCCAAAAACUGAGAACCAGAAGCACACACUACGACUAAAUGCAGCGUGAAAACUGCUAUGCGUUCAGAAUAUUUCAAUUUCCAGUAUUGUAACCCUUUGCAACUGAGGCAAAGAGGAUAUGAGGCAUCGAAUGAUGGUUCACGUGCCACAACGAGGUACAGUAACACGUUAAGAAAGCUCACGCUAUUUUACACAAACUUGCCAAAUUUUUUGGAGAGCAUGGUUCUUUUUAGUGACACUAUUCACAAUUUUAAAAAUCUCUGUAUUUUAACCUCCCCUUUACUCUUUUUAAAAACAUUGUGGCAAGUUUACGGCAAUUUAUCUUAACUUAAUCAUUAAAGAGAACUUAAGCAAAGAAAUGUCCAGCGUAUAAUAAAUUACGGAAUGUCUUAGGGGUUUUUUGUACUUAAGUCAAAUGGGUGCAAGUAAUAAAAACUAAAUAAAAUUAGUUAAUGAUAAGGGGGGGAAAAUCGUUGCUUGGAAAAUUAUUUAUUUGUAGAUUAAAAAGCUGAAGAAAUUUCCUUCUGAACCUCGCUUACUGUGCGCCCCUCAUUAAAGGUUUACUUUCUAAACGACUCUUUCAGUCAAGUAAUUUUUACCUUGUUCGUGUAAUUUCUAAGAAUUUCGUUAUUGGUGUUUUACAAUUGUUUAUUCAAGCUUUUAAACAUGUCAUAUUUAAUCCAGAGAAAAAUGUCUCUUUUUGACACGAAUAUUCCAUGCCUUACUUCACUAUAAAUCCCGCCCGACAUCUUUGUAAACAACAUAGCUACAAUUAAAGAACAGUAGCCAGUAUUAUAUCUGUCUUCCAGACAUUACCUGAAAUUCUUGAAAAGCAGCUUUUUUAUUUUGCAUUUUAGACACGUUUAGCCAUCAAGAUGUUUGAACCUUCUAUUUAUUAAUUGUUAAAAGCUUUAUGUCCUAUGUGAACGUACUUAUCCGUUCCAUAAUUAUCAAAUUCCGUUUUAAGUUUUUAAGUUCUUAUAUAUAUAUAUAUAUAUAUAUAUGUAUAUAUUUCUGUAUAUUGUGCAUAUUUUCUACAGGCAUAUUUUGCAGUAACUAAAUAAAUAUUAUGCAGAGAGGUUUCACCCAAACUGCGUCAUAUUGUUUUGAAUCUAGAAACUCUUGAGAUAGGAAAAACACGUUUUAUCAAGCACUUUCAUACACGUUGUUAUUUUUUUAAAAAGGGAUUGGUGUCGAAAGGGAUUGGUGUCUGGAAAUGGUUUUCCAACAGUGAUUAAACUUAGAC